AUGUCUGCCCCACGUGGCAGAGGUGGAGGAGGCAACCGUGGCGACAGCUUCCGUGGCGGUGGCGGCAAUCGCGGCGACAGUUUUCGUGGUCGUGGUCGUGGCCGUGGUGGGGACGGCGGUCGUGAUGGUGGUGGACAGGACAACAGACCACAGGGUGGGUUUAGGGGACCACCAGGCGGCGGUCAGACUCAGCAAUUUGCGUUCCGUGGACCACCGCCAGGAGGUGCUGGUGGCAUCUAUCUUGGUGGUGCACCUGUACCAAUCCCAGCCAAGGCCAUUACGGAUCUCGAGAACUCUCUCGUGCCAGUCACGAGGGACAAUUCGUUCCCACUUGGGAGUACGACUGUACCAGGCCGCCGUGGCUACGGGACAAAAGGCACCCCUAUUAUCCUCCGUACGAACUAUCUCAGCAUCACAACAGCGUUCGAAGCUGGCAAGCCAGAGCAGCCUUUGUACCGCUACGACGUCAACAUUCAGCCGGAGCUCAGCCGUGAGAAGAGACGUCGUCUACUGAAGCACAUCCUUACCCAUCCUAAGUUCAAGAACGUUCUGAGCGCCACCGAUUAUGCCAAUAUCAUUGUCACGACAACCACGAUCGAUCUCGGACCUGGUGAAGAGUGGAAGGAGAAAAUCGUCUUACCUUCAGUCGAUGCAUCAGCCCCAACGAACCAAGGUCCACCUCCUGCUUUCGUGCAGGAAGCUCAAAACCGCAACAGAAUCACCUUCGCAGUCAGGUCGAAUGGCACGUUCACCUCGAGGCAGAUCAUCGAAUAUCUCAAGAGUACGUCACUCGGCGCAACAUACGACACUGGGAAUAUCAUUCAGCUCCUGAACAUUAUCAUGUGCAAGGCGCCGAAUGAUGCUCCCUCCGUUCGGGAUGCAGGCAGGAACCGCUUCUACAUGCAUGAGGGACAUCCGGCCUUCGAGAGCUACGACCUUAGCAACGGUCUAGAAGCACUAAGAGGGUAUUACUCGAGUGUCCGUCCAGCAGUAGGCCGUCUUUUGCUUAAUUUGAACGUGACGAGCGGGGCUUUCUACAAGCCUAUGCCGUUGCAGACACUGAUCAAUGAGUAUGGCUCCAGAAGCCAUGAGCGAAAUGAAGCAUUCAUUCGCAUGCUCAAGGUCAAGGCUGUGUACUGCAAAGACGGUCAACAACAACCAUUCAUGACGAAGACGAAGACUAUCGUCGGUUAUGCCAAAGAUACAGCUACCUCUCGUGGCGUACGUCGGUUCGGGAACUCCCAAGAAGUGCGUUUCGGAUUUGUUGACAGAACACAAGCCAACCCUCAACCACGUCAGACUACCGUAUUUGAAUACUUCCGGUCCCAUCACGGGAUUACAUUGCAGCAACCCAAGCUGCCUGUUCUGAAUGUCGGCACUCGAACCGAUCCUCAGUAUCUACCUGUUGAGCUAUGCACUGUACUCCCUGGUCAGCCAUACACUCGCUUGCUCAGCGGCGAUCAAACUAGCGAAAUGCUGAAGUUCGCCGCACGAUUUCCGAACCUCAACGCAAUGUCGAUUGCUGGGACUGCGGAGAGUCCAGGAAAUGGUGUGCGUCUAUUCAGACUGCGGAAUCUCCCGAACGCGGCAGACCCGCAGAAUACUUCUGUCCAGCCAUGGGGCAUGCGUACGGGUGUUGAUAUGCUGACAGUGCCUGGUCGCGUGCUGCCAAACCCGCAGAUCAAGUAUGCGACCAAACAAGAGAGUCCUCGAUCCGGAUCGUGGAAUUGCGCAGAGCAGAAGUUCUUCAAGCCCGGUCGUUGGGACAAGUGGCAGGUGAUCGUGAUCAACCGACAAGGCAAUCGCGGCUCGGCCCUGAACGAGAGGGCUGGCGGUGAUAUGCUUUCCCCUGAGCCUCUGUUCGAAGAGCUGGCCAAGUAUCUGAAGGCCUAUGGGCUGACAAUGGGUCAGCGUGGCCCAACUCAAACGAUUACACUUGAUGCUUUGACGCCGGACAAUCGCGCGACGAACAACCGCCAGCUGGAGAAGGUCUUUGACAAUGGUGUUCAGCACCGCUGCCCACUCUUCUUCGUCGUACUGCCUGAGGUUGACCGUUGGCUGUAUGCUCGAAUCAAGUACUACGGUGAUGUCAAGCACGGCAUCCACACCAUCAACGCCGUUGGACAGAAACUCCAGAAGCCCAAGAACCAAGGCAUGUUCCUAGGCAACCUUGCUCUGAAGUUCAACAUCAAGGGCGGCGGUAUCAAUCAUGUCGUUGCGGGCACACUCAGCAAACCACUUGACAACAAUACUAUGCUGUUCGGCAUCGACGUCACUCAUCCGUCACCCGGCAGCUCAGUAGGCGCUCCUAGCAUUUCCUGCGUGGUAGCAAGCACGGAUGAGCACCUUACCCAAUGGCCUGGUAGUGUUCGCACACAGGAAGGAAAGAAGGAGAUGGUCUCUGGCUUGAAGGAGAUGGUGCUUGAGCGGCUUGAUCUGUGGCGCAAGAAGCAUAAUGGUGGUUUGCCGACGAAGAUCAUCCUAUACCGGGACGGUGUAUCAGAGGGUCAAUACGAUCAGGUUCUACUCCUGGAGCUGCCAGCCUUCCUCGAUGCUUUCAAAGAGCGCUACGGCGAGGAAAAGAAGUGGCCGAAGAUGGCCAUCUUGGUCGUUGGGAAACGCCACCACACGCGCUUCUAUCCAACAAAAGAAGCUGAUGCUGACUUCAAUCCAAAGUCUGGCAAAGGCUCAUGGAACCCCAAGCCAGGCACGAUUGUCGAUCGCCACAUUUCUGGUCGGAUCAUCUCCGAGUUCUGGCUCCAAGCCCACCAAGGUCUCCAAGGUACCGCUCGCCCAGCUCAUUACGUUGUACUUAAGGACGACAUUGGCUUCGAGGCAGAUGAGUUGCAGGCAUUCACUCACAACCUGUGCUAUCUCUUCAACCGCGCCACCAAGGCCGUCUCGAUCUGUCCGCCAGCAUACUACGCAGACCUGCUUUGCGAACGUGCUCGUGCAUACCUCUUCAGUGUCCUUGCUGAAGAUCACGGUGACGAUUCGACCGUCUACAGUGCUGGGCAGUCUGAGUGGACCAAUGGUGUGCACGCUCGUCUGGCAGAGAGUACUUGGUACAUCUAG